AUGUCACCGACUAGCAACAGUCAUGUCACUUCGCCCGGGAAACGGCCUGGCCUGGCCCGCCGCUCUGUUUCAUCCCACGCGAUCGUAUCGACACGCACGUCCCCGGCAACCAAUGCGACCGAUGCAACCGAUCCCCAGAAAGCAACAGCAGUUGCUGGCCACAAAGCGCGCGCCCAUGUUGUGGGUGGUGGCCAUCGCGCCCACGGACGUAAUCCUUCGUUUGGUAAAAACCUGAAUAAACUGCAGAGGAUGCAUCCUACCCAAAACAUGCACCUGUUUAACGAGGGUACGACUACGAUCGGCACAGGUGCCCGCCAUCAACGUAAGAAAUCUGCCCCCGUUACACCGGUCGAGAGCCCACGAACCUCAGGCUCCCACGUCCGCUGGGAGGGCGGAAAUACAUCUCUAGGCGAACACAAAUCGCAUGGUUCGUCGAUGCGAAAAAAUUACUCCACUCCUGCCCUGCACCGCAAUACGUCGGCCAUCAUUCCGAGGAAAGCGCUCGUGACUGAUCGCCCGCAGUCCGCCAAAAGCCGCCCGAAGAAAUCAGUGGGAUUCGAAUUAGUUGGCGAUUCCGACUCUGAAGAAGAGUGGGAAGACAGCACUCAGUCACCGGAAAGCACGCGACGUGGCUCUGCUGUACAAUCGACCAAGGACAGCGCAGAAAGCAGUCAGGUUUUGGUCGAUCCGUUGACUUUUGUGAAGCGCUCGUACCCGCAAAUUCCACAGUCAAGAAGCCUUCCGGAAUCCACAAUCAGCAAUCUUCCACAGGCGAUUGAGGAUUCUGAUGAUGAAACUGCAAACCACGAGCGAGCGUCUUCGGUAUCUUCGCGUGAGCAGGAAAGGGAUUCGGAACAAGAGUCACAAACGCAUGAACCAGAGGAUAUAGCAAAUCGUUUAUUGAACCAGUCCCGAGUAUCGAAAGCGCGACCGGCGAUGUCGUCAAUCUCCGCUGUGGGUACAGCGACUGGAAUAGAUACAGCUCGGCGAAAUGAGUCUAUAACAUCUUUAAACAACCUUGCUUCUAACCACGGCGGCCCGCGACACGCACCUUCCGUGCCAUCGUCGCAAGCCCAGUCUUCACUACCUCAGUCGUCUUCAAUCGAAGGUGGUGUAUCACGAUUUAUCGUCAACCCUCAAGCUGGAGCGCAUGCAACUUCACGAACUGAUUCCGACCCCAAUACACCGUCCUCCUUCCUUCCACAUUACCAUCCUCAAGCGCCUCUCACUCCUGAACGCAGUACAGCGAAGAAAGCGAAAGCCACAUCCCCACAACCUCGUCCUCUUGGCGACGGAAUACCAUCCCGAACACAGCAAAAGCUAUGGCUUCAACGUACGGCAACGUUGACCACAUCUCCUCCUGACUCAAACGGGUCGUCUGCCCUUCCUCAAUCUACAAUCGAUCCCGUCUUUAUAGCUGCUUCACACACCCGAAAUGGGCAAUAUGAUAAUGGCCGAGGCGCCGUGAAUGGAAGCGCCCGCGUCGGGGCAUCACAUGAUAGUGAAGUCAAACAUACGCGCAAAGCUUUUGAGAAGACAUCUCUCGAGUUGGAUGUUGUUCGACGCUUCCAAAGCCCGACCAAGAACAGUUUCACCCGACUGCAACAAUUGGCGAAUACAAGCGACAGACCAAACACGGCGUCAGAAUCUACGAGCAAUUUUCUAGCAAAGAGUUCGAAAUCUGCCCCUUCUUUAACAACGGGCCAAUUUUCGAAUGCUCUACCCAACAGGCGAGCAAAAGCAGCCGCAGCAUCAUCAGGAGAUAACGAAAGCAGCACAGAAUCGGCAGACAACACUCGCCAUCGGGCCUCAAAGCCGGGACGCGUCUAUUUCCAAGAUCAUGACGAUGUGAUCAAUAUCAGCGACACAUCCUCAGAUCCAGCUGAGCGUUUAGCAGUGGAAUCUCAGCAAGGCGGUUCCUCUUCCGCCAAUGGGCCUACAGGUAUGGAUAGCAAGGCAGUCAGUGGCACAGAUCGGGAAGGCUAUUUUGCUACUGAACAGGAAAUGCUUCUCCGUCGCAUGUGGGAGAGCAGAGGCGAAGUUGCGAGUCCGGGUUGA